GAAUGCAGCAUGGGAUGAGCGAGGGAAGGAGAGGAAGGGAGACACGUAGCCUGUCAACAGUCCAGCGCUCCGUUAUCCCAAAUGUGUCCGUUUAUUCAAUAUAUUUUUUGAUCAAUUGAGCUGUCGGGGUGUUCCGAGGUGUGCUAGAGGACAGCCGCCGUGAUUUAUUUGAGCAACGGACAGAAUGGAGCUUGACGACGGAGUUGUGUACCAGGACGACCCGGGCACAUCAGCGAUGAUGUCUGAGCGGGUAUCGGGCCUCGCUAACUCCAUCUACCGAGAAUUCGAGAGACUCAUCGGCAAAUAUGACGAGGACGUGGUGAAGGAGCUGAUGCCGCUGGUGGUAGCCGUCCUGGAGAACCUGGACUCGGUGUUCGCCGAGAACCAGGAGCACGAAGUGGAGCUGGAGCUGCUGAAGGAAGACAACGAGCAGCUCAUCACCCAGUACGAGCGGGAGAAAGCGCUGAGGAAACACGCCGAGGAGAAAUUCAUCGAGUUUGAAGACACGCAUGAACAAGAGAAAAAGGAUCUUCAGACUUACGUGGAUAGAAUGGACUCAAAUGCCCGACAGCAAGAGCUCAAGAUCAAGAACUAUGCGGACCAAAUCGGCAGGUUAGAAGAACGAGAAAUGGAGCUGAAGAAGGAAUACAACUCCCUCCACCAGCGACACACAGAGAUGAUUCACAACUACAUGGAACAUGUGGAGAGAAUCAAAAUGCAGCAGAUUAAUGAGAGCUCAGACUCUGGCAACGUUGGCAGAGUCAGACGAGAGAGGCCUCUGUCUUUGGGGAUUUUUCCGUCGUCUGGUGGGACAUCUUUGCUGAUCCCGGACUCUCAGACCAGGGCAGAGACGCCAAAUACCGAGGGUUGGAGGUUCAGUGACUCCAAACAGCAACGGUCCAACACCAGCCUCAAGCAGUCGGACUUUGCUGACCCCCCUCAGGAAAGAGAGGGUAAGGGUGCACAGGACCCUUCUUGGGGGAAUUCACUGGCUGACGACUGCAAGGAUGAACUGUCAGACUUCACUGGCUCCAAGUCAGCCACGCCGAUGUCUACCACUGCCUCCGACAUGGAGCGGGAAGAUGGGAGCUCCAGGAGCACGGAGGUCCAAGCCGCGCCAGGGACGAGGUCCAUAUCAGUCGGUUUGCCUGAUAAGGAGGACAGCUCAGACGUGCAGGACAUCAUCGAGUCCACUCCAGAGCUUGACAUGGAUCUCAGUGGCUACAAGGCUUGCAGUACUCCCACUAAAGGCAUUGAGAACAUGGCGUUCGACCGUAACACAGACUCUCUGUUCGAGGAGCUGUCCUCUGCUGGAACUGGGCUCAUUGGAGAUGUGGAUGAAGGAGCUGACCUGCUGGACCUUAGUUUGAUUGGUAUGGGCCGGGAAGUUGAAAAUCUCAUCCAGGAGAACUCUCAAUUGAUGGAAACGAAGAACGCUUUGAACGUAGUGAAUAAAGACCUGAUAUUGAAAGUGGACGAGCUGACGUGCGAGAAGGAGAUGCUGCAAGGGGAGCUAGAAGCGCUGCAGCAGGCCAAGAACAAGUUGGAGGAGAAGUUCAGAGAAGUGGACGAGGAGCUGAAAAAAGUCCGGGUGGAGAUGGAGGAAGUCAAACAGAAAAGUAAAGAUGAAGAGGAUAGUGACGUACCCACGGCCCAGAGGAAACGCUUUACCCGGGUAGAGAUGGCCCGAGUUCUGAUGGAGAGGAACCAGUACAAAGAGAGGCUGAUGGAACUGCAGGAAGCUGUGAGGUGGACCGAGAUGAUCAGAGCGUCGAGGGAAAAUCCAGCUCUAACGGAAAAGAAGAAAUCCAGCAUCUGGCAGUUCUUCAGCAGACUCUUUAGCUCCUCCUCCAGCUCUCCACCGAUGAAGAAGAUUGAGUCCCAGUCCAAUGUCAAGUACAAUGCACCGGGUGGCUUGGUGAAAAGAAGCAGCACCUUCUCACAGUUCCCCACUGAGAAGUCCAAGACUUUCGACUUCCUCAAUGAAGAAAAGGAUUUAUGUAGCUCACCUUCACGUAAAGAACAGAAGCGAGCGCAGUACCGUCAGGUCAAGGCUCACAUGCAGAAGGAGGAUGGACGAGUGACCGCGCAUGGCUGGAGUCUUCCUUGUAAAUAUAAGGCCACAAACGGAGCUCAGACAGAGAGCAAAAUCAACUUGCCCGUGCCUGUUUACCUGAGACCGCUGGAGCAGAAAGACACCUCCAUGAAGCUGUGGUGCGCUGCAGGAGUCAACCUCACUGGUGGGAAGACAGACCUGGUGAAGCAGACGAAAGGGUCGCAAAAUAGUCUGGACCUGCUGGAGUCAGACAGCAAGGAUGCGGAGCAAGAGAAGGAGCUGAUCAUUCAGGACGAAAUGUCCAGUCGGGUUUGGGUUUGUACCAGCACACACUCCUCCACCAAAGUUAUGGUGCUGGAUGCGACGCAGCCCUCGGAACUGCUGGACAGCUUCUAUGCCUGCAACACCCACGUCGUCUGCAUUGCCAGCGUCCCAGGUGUGUUAGAAAGCGAUUAUCCCGCCGGCGAGGAGGUUCCUCAAGACCUGGACGCGACUCAGAGUGACAGAGUGUCUCUGGCGGGGAGCGUCGCCAGCGUGGGCUCCACUGGCAGCGAUGGUGCGAUGGCGACUGAGGGAACCACCGCCAUCCCACAGACGGCCCACUCGGGUGCUUCCGACCAGCCCGCUGAACAUGUUGUCAUCUCUGGAUCAGCAGAGAUUUCUCGACAGACCAGUCCAUCAGACGACGCCGUUCUUCCCGCAGAAGAGGCCACAGAGGCGACUGAAGCGAAUGCCGGGAUGGGUGAAGAUGGAGAGGAUGACCAAGCGGCCGAUCCGAACCAACCUGGAAUCUAUACUGAACAUGUGUUCACUGACCCGCUUGGUGUCGGACCCACGGACGCUUCUCCUGUUGACACAAAGGGUGGCUCCACGACUUCUUUGCUUGAAGACUCUGACUUGUCUGUCGGGGAGGUCCAAAGGAUGAGCAGUGCUCUUCCCACCAUGUGGCUGGGAGCUCAGAAUGGCUGCCUCUAUGUGCACUCGUCUGUGGCUCGAUGGAGGAAGUGCCUCCAUGCCAUCAAGCUGAAAGACUCCAUCCUCAGCAUAGUACAUGUGAAAGGGAGGGUCCUCGUAGCCCUCGCUGAUGGGACACUAGCAAUAUUCCACAGGAGGAUUGGAGACGGCCAGUGGGACCUCACAAACUAUCACCUGCUGGAUCUGGGCCGGCCGCACCACUCCAUACGCUGUAUGACAGUGGUCCACGACAAAGUAUGGUGCGGCUACCGGAACAAGAUCUACAUCAUCCAGCCCAAAGCUAUGAGAAUAGAGAAGUGUUUCGACGCCCAUCCUCGCAAGGAAAGCCAGGUCCGGCAGUUGGCCUGGGUCGGAGACGGCAUCUGGGUUUCCAUCCGACUGGAUUCAACUCUCAGAUUAUUCCAUGCACACACAUAUCAGCACCUCCAGGAUGUGGACAUUGAACCUUACGUCAGCAAGAUGCUCGGCACCGGCAAACUCGGCUUCUCUUUCGUGAGAAUCACCGCACUGGUUGUGUCCUGCAAUCGACUCUGGGUGGGAACAGGAAACGGCGUGAUCAUUUCCAUCCCAUUGUCUGAAGCCAACAAGACAUCAGGCGGUGUGUCCAAUCGUCCUGGCAGCGCUGUGCGGGUCUACAGCGAUGAGGGGGGAGACGGGGCAGCGUCAGGCAGCUUUGUGCCGUACUGCUCCAUGGCCCACGCACAACUCUGUUUCCACGGUCACCGAGACGCCGUCAAAUUUUUCGUAACUGUGCCAGGUCAGGCAAUGCCUCCUCCAGGCAGCGCCGACUCUGGCUCCGACGACCCUCCGUCAGAAUCCUCUGACUCUGUCACGGCAGAGUCCAAAACCUUCCUGGUGAUGAGUGGAGGAGAAGGUUACAUUGACUUCAGAAUGGGUGAUGAAAGUGGAGAACUGGACGGACUGUCAGAGCAGACAGGAAGUCAGCAUUCAGCGCCCACCAAGGCGGAGCGCAGUCACCUCAUCGUCUGGCAGGUCACCACGUCUCACGAUUGACAUCAUCUCAGUGUGGCGUCUGUGCUGGGGCCCGCACGCCCUCCUGCAUGGCCAUUUUCUUAACCUCCUUUUAUUGAUUGUUACCGAUGCCUGAGUAGUGGAUGACUUUGUAAAGAAUUAUUUUUAGUCCAUAUUUUGUACAUACUUUGUGUUCAAGGAUCCGUCCGCUGUCCCACUGACCGCAGGGUUGCAUGCUGGGAAAGCUGUUGCACACGAGGAAGGGCGGCGUUGAACCACACUGUUCGGCUUGAAAAGGGAAUCAGGAAGCUUUGUUUCAAAACAAAUAUAUUUUGUAAUAUACACAUGACAGAUUUGUACUCAUGAGUGUGUGAGAGUGUGUGUGUUCCCUCCCACCCCAAUGAUCACUACUCACAAACCUAUAUAAGUCACUGUAACAGCAAAAUGUUGAACUGAUUGUCUUAUUAGCUGCUAUUAUUAGAGGGAUUAUUAUUAGUUUUAGGACACUGCACAGAACAAAAGUGGUGCACAGACAUUUACUCAGUUUCAAGUAACCCUUUAAUGAUGUAAAUUGCAGCCCAUCCGAUCUGUCUUCUUAACAAAUGGUUGCACUGCUGGUGAAUCAUACGUCUGCUUAGCCACUUCAAGUCCUUGAAGUUGCUUUGUUUAUCGUGGGCAAUUGGCACUUUAAAAAUGUACUUCUCAUUUCUCUUCUCAUUUCUAACAAGCAAAGCAUCUCACAAGUAAAGUAGCUAGUUCCCUAUUGGGCAUUGUAGGGAUUUAAAAGGUGAAACAUAUCUCAAAAGAGCUAAAUUUUAGGUUAUUUAUAGGGUCAAUGGUGUCUUGGUGGUGCUUCGCAAUGAAGUUUCGGGUGCAUUUUAUUAUUCUAAAAUAAUUUGUGGGUCAUUUAUUCACAUUCCAUUUUUAACGUAUCAGACAGGGAUGCGAUCUCUGAUGAAGUCUUAUUUUAAAGUCUCACUUGGGGAAGUGGUGGAAUUUAUUUUUCAGUGUAGCAGUUCACCUUCAGCCUCAUCAUUCCUUAUGAAGUAUUUUGUUUUUGCACUCUGAUGUAUGAUCAAAUGUUCAGUUUCUUUGCCCAAGAUUUCAUUAUUUUAUCUAACUUUUUUAUUGUGUUUCUCGCCAUUCCAGUAUUUAUUUGUUUUACGAACCAACGCCGGUUCAGAAUGUAAUUUCCUGCGUGAGCAUUGUAAACAAAGUAGUGCGAGUUUACAUGAUUGUUCCUUUUUUUAAGGUCAGAUCAAGAACAAUAACACAUGUGCGAAGCUAUGCAUGUUUUUUUUAAGACACUGCAGCUGUCUCUUGUUAUUGCCACCGUUUUUGGUGGUGCGUGUGUGUGUGAGUCGACAGUGUACAGUGUGCUUCUGUUCAUAAAAUGUACAGUACUUUCUCCCUCUCUGUCCAUCUCAAACACCCACAUGUGACCGUCUUCUCUGGUUGCCAUAACAGCGGUUCCUCCAGGUCCAUGUUUUCAUCAUAGCCUUAUUUUUAAUCAAUUAAAUCUGUUUCAUGGAGAACAUACAUGUCUUU